AUGUUUAAGAACUGGGCUAAAUUAAAAGAUAAGGUCAAAAGAUCGUUGGAAGAGUUAAGCAGGAACCUUGAACAACUGUACCCUCAAAGGGUACCAGUUAGAGUACCUGUACCUCAACCAACACCCAAAAAGUUCCGUAGAUUUUAUCUGACAUCGAUUACCCCCAGCGCAUUGACUCCCAUUCAUGAUGAUCUCCUAAAAUUUCAACGAUUUAUUCCAAAUUCAAUCUCCAAAUUCAUUCCUAAAUAUUCAGUAUCACUGUUUCGUCAUAAUAAUUCCAAUUUUAAACCAGUCAUAGGUAUAAAAGCAUCGUUUUUACCCCCAAUAUCCAUCAUCCUGUUGAUUAAAUCCAUUAACACUUACGAUAGAUCGAAUUUUUAUGAUUCCAUCACUAAGAAAUAUCAACCUAUGGGAUGUAAUAUUCAAAUCAGUCAUUCAGAACCCAAAGUAGAGAAAUUUAAUGAUUUAGAGAACUUAUCAUCAAUUUUGGCUUCAAAAAUUGAUAGUUUAAAGCAAACUUUAAAUGAUGUUAACAGUUUAUUGAACAUAGGUAACUUACCAGUAUCUACCAAAAACGAUAAAAUCGUCAUUCAUUUCAAUAAUCUGUUAAAAAGUGAAGUUAGAAAUUUAUUAAUCGAUCACAACAUCAACUAUUAUCCCAUUAAAGAUAAUAAUGUGAAUUUGAAAGAUUUAAACAAUGGCUUAUAUGAAGAAAGUCACAUUAACGAGAUCAAUAACGAGGUCAAUAACGAUAUUAGGGUUAAGUUCGGGUUAGAUAAUUAUUCAAUUGAUUCCAAUUCAAUCUAG